CAAUAUAAUAUAUAGAACAACUAUUUUACAGCAUUGGUGCCAAUCCCGAAUGCAUUUGAAAAGCAAUUAAGAGAAAAUCCAUUAAUUCACGACAAGAAAUAUGCAAAGGAAAUGUUUGGUUCUUCAUCAGAGUUGGCACCCCUGGUUCUUCCGAAGGUGGACGGAAUGCAGCGUGUUGUCUACUCCAUCACAGAAUAUGACCCCCUCCUGGAUUCCAGCAACAUGACCAUGAUGGACUGGAGCAGUAUAGCCAAUGACAUUCAACAAGCGUAUGAGUUCUACGAUGGGUUUGUGAUUCUACAUGGCACUGACACAAUGUCCUACACAGCUUCAGCCCUUUCAUUCUUGCUGGAAAACCUCGACAAAACAGUCAUCAUUACAGGCGCUCAGAUUUCACUAUUUGAGGUACGCAGUGAUGGCAUCGACAAUUUCUUGACAUCGCUCUUGAUCGCAGGAAACUUUGUCAUACCAGAAGUGACGUUGUUCUUCAACUACAAAUUGUUCCGGGGAAACAGAACCACCAAAAUUAGUUCUGAAAGCUUUCAUGCAUUCGAGUCACCUAAUGUUCCACCUCUCGUUGUAGCUGGCAUUCAUAUGGAAGUGGACUAUCGUUCAAUAUUCCGACCUUGCACCAUUGAGAAGUUCACUGUCAGUGGGGAACUAAAUGAAAACGUUGGUCUCCUCAGAGUGUUUCCCAGUAUUCAAACAAAAACGGUUGAAUCAUUCCUGAAGCCUCCAAUGGAAGGGGUGGUGAUACAGACAUAUGGAGCUGGUAAUAUGCCCACUAACAGAUCCGACUUGGUGGAGGUGCUCUCAGAAGCUUCCAAGAGAGGAGUGAUCAUCAUCAACAUCACACAGUGCUCGACUGGUUGCGUCUCCAAUCUCUACGAGACUGGGAAGUUGCUGUAUGAUGCUGGGGUAAUGUCAGGAUUUGACAUGACUCCAGAGGCAGCUCUUGCCAAACUGGCCUAUGUGCUGUCCAAGACAGAGUGGGACCUUGCCACCAAGAGAACAAUGAUGGAGAACAACUUGAGAGGAGAGCUGACAUGUGGGAUCAAGGCACCGGUGCUAGAAGACUGGGACCUUGUGGAUGCUGUGGCGAGAUCUCUGCACAUCUCCUCACCGAGGGAGGUCAAGAUGUUGCACAGCAUCCUGUUCCCAGCCAUGCUGGGCUCGGCAGUGGAGAAAGGCGACACAGACAAGAUAGCUGAACUCAAGGGUUAUGGAGCAGAUCUUACAGCACCCAACUCUGACAAAAGAACUCCUCUCCACAUUGCUUGUAGUUUGGGAAAUAUCAAAGUAGUCAAAUAUCUUCUGCUCAAUGGGGCCAGUGUCCAUAUGAAAGACAGAUGUGGUUCUAAAUCACCAUUUGAAGAAGGAAAUAAGGAUCUAAACAAACCUUCGUUCACGUUCGACCAGACACCACUACUAGAUGCUGUCAAGUGUGAUCACCUGGACGUGAUUAAGCUGCUUAAGCGAUGUGGAGCCCAUCUCACCCUCACGCCUAACCAAAUCGGCUGCCAGCUUUGCCGGGCUGCAAGUUAUGGAAACAUGAAGAGACUGUUGUCUUUACAAGCUGCCGGUGCAAACUUGAGCCAACCAGACAUCAGCGGCCGUACCUCGUUACAUCUUGCUGCAAUGCACAACCAUGAAGAGAUAGUGAAGUUCCUACUGGCCAAUGGAGUCAGUACAAAAACGAAAGACAUGAUGGGCUUCACUCCCCUGGACGUGGCUGAAAAAAUGGGUCACACCGAAAUUAUAAAAUUGCUCAAGUCUGCCAAAAAUUAGCCUUCUAAAUUAGUUGUUAUACAAUAAAACAAAAUCAAAAAAUCUA